GAUGUUUUUCCCAUCUCUAUUCUGGAAACUAAUGCAAUUUUAAGUCGCGUUUCGGAGAGAAAAUCUGUCAAAAGAAGUUGAAUCAUCAUUCAGAACAAGAUGCCCACGGAGCAGCUGUCGGAAUUAACAAUAAGUGCCAUCUUCACUUCGGAGAAGCGUGGCAAUGAUGAGACGGGCGAGGGCAGUGAGGCCAAGCCUUUUAAGACCAUCCUCCAGGCGAUGCGUCAUGCUGGAAAGGAGCCCUUCCCCACCAUCUAUGUGGACAGCAAGGAUCCCGAUGCAAAAGAGACAUAUGAGCCGGCAGCUAAGUCGCAAUUGAAGAAAAUUCAGAAACUCUUUGUACGUGAGGGUCACAAGAAUGCCGAGAAAUUGCAGCGUGAGGCUGGAGAUGCCGAGAAGCGCCAACAGAACCUUGAAGAGGCAAAGAAAGUGAAAAUCCAAGAGGAUCCCGCAUGGCCAGUGGCCAAGAAAGUGCGCAUUGUGGAAGGUGUCGCACAUCGUGGAGAACGAGUGAAAAUCUAUGGCUGGGUUCAUCGUCUGCGACGUCAGGGCAAGGCAUUGAUUUUCAUCACUUUGAGAGAUGGAACUGGGUUCCUGCAGUGCGUUUUGAAUGACUUGCUUUGUCAGACCUAUGAGGCACUGACAUUGACAACGGAAAGCUCCGUGGUGCUUUAUGGUACCUUAAAGCUUGUCCCAGAGGGUAAAACUGCUCCAGGUGGUCAUGAAAUGAGUGUGGAUUACUGGGAAUUAGUUGGUUUGGCCCCUGCUGGCGGUGCUGAUGCCAUACUCAACGAGGAAGCUCAACCGGAUGUGCAGCUGGAUCAGAGGCAUAUUAUGAUUCGUGGCGAGAACACAUCGAAUGUAUUGAAAAUGCGUUCAGUGGUGUUGCAGGCAUUCCGUGCCCACUAUCUUGGCAGAGAUUACAAUGAAGUGACCCCUCCAACUUUGGUGCAGACCCAAGUUGAGGGUGGAUCCACUCUGUUUAAACUUCAAUACUUUGGCGAAGAGGCCUAUCUGACGCAGAGUUCGCAGCUGUAUUUGGAGACAUGUCUCCCAGCUUUGGGUGAUGUGUUUUGCAUUGCUCAGAGCUAUCGAGCCGAACAAAGUCGUACGCGCCGCCAUUUGGCCGAGUACACCCAUGUUGAGGCUGAAUGUCCCUUCAUUAGUUUCGAUGAUCUUUUGGAUCGUUUGGAGGAUCUGGUUUGUGAUGUUGUCGAUCGUGUACUCAAGUCACCAUGGGGUCAUUUGGUUUAUGAACUAAACCCAGACUUUAAGGUGCCAAAGAAACCAUUCCGUCGCAUGAACUAUUCCGAUGCCAUUAAAUGGUUGAAGGAGAACAAUGUCACUAAGGACGAUGGCACAUUCUAUGAAUUCGGAGAAGAUAUCCCGGAGGCACCUGAGCGUAAAAUGACCGAUACUAUAAAUGAACCCAUUAUGCUGUGUCGCUUUCCAGUCGAAAUUAAAUCCUUCUAUAUGUCACGCUGUCCUGAGGAUCAACGUCUAACCGAAAGUGUAGAUGUCCUGCUACCAAAUGUUGGUGAAAUUGUCGGAGGCUCAAUGAGGAUUUGGAACUCGGAGGAACUACUUAAGGGGUAUGAACGUGAAGGUAUUGAUCCAAAGCCAUACUAUUGGUAUACCGAUCAGCGUGUUUACGGUUCAAUGCCACAUGGUGGCUAUGGUCUGGGCUUGGAGCGUUUCAUUUGCUGGCUACUCAAUCGGUAUCACAUUCGUGAUGUUUGUCUAUAUCCUCGUUUCCUGGACAGAUGCAAACCCUAAGAUGGGCAAGAAGAGGAACGGCUUACUAAAUGUUUUACGAAAUCCUCAAAUUUAUGCACUUGUUUGUAUAAUCGUUUCUAACUAAAAUCACACAAUAAAACAGGGCAGAGCCUAUGCUUAAUGACAA